AUGCCCAAGACUCGCAACUCUGCGUCGCGAACGACACGCUUCCGGCGAAAACCAUAUUCACAUCUUCCGGAACGAGCACCUCUCCCUGAUCUGGUUGCUUUACAUGAGAAUGGAACUUUGCUCUCGGAUCAGAGGGCGAUGGGCGAGAGCGCUACAGAGGAAGAAGUUGCUGGAAAUCUGAAACUUAAGUCAAAGGGCGACUUUAAUGACAACAGCAGUACAAACACCAUCUCACCCCAAGCCAUAUAUCCAGAGUCCCAAGCUGGAGAAGUUGAACUUCCCAACUCAGAGAGUAGACACAAUACACCCUCGCACCUCCCAGAAAACGAACAUCUUACCUAUCCACCUACUCCCUCAAACCCCCACUCCAACAUCCAGCAUAACUACCCCCCCUCUUCCAAUCCCUCCACCCAAGCAAACCCAAACUCAAUAUCUCCUCACUCCCUCCGCCAACGCCGUCGCGGACUCCCCGAUCUCCGCGUUAUCACAUCACCUACUCGUCUAGCCGAGCUGAAAAAUGGAAAUUUCAAUAACACAUUUAUGGAAAUCCCUCUUCCUGAGUUAAAGCAGAGAGAUUCGGAGACCCAAGCAUCACGAACAUACCAAGAGCUUCGCCUCCACAACCCCAUCUCUGAAUCCCAAAUGCACAGAAAUAACCGGAGGGAUCAAGAGAGGAAACAUCAUAAUCGCAAAACCCGCAAUCACUACGCCCCCAAUUUUCCCAGACAACAGGGAAGAAUCCGCUUGCUCACAGAUGGACCUCCCCGUCCUGAUCCUCGCACUCGAUACUCGUUCAUACCCGAAUCUCCAGAUACAUCGCAACACAUGAGUAACCCCAACCCCCCCUCCAACUCAACCCCCAUCCCAACGCCAAACCCAGGAAACAUUUCCUCAAACCUCAUGAUCCCAUCAACCCACUCUUCAAAUCCCUCUCCCGCACCCCCACAACUCCUCCCAGCACCCCUCACCAACCUCCUCACACCCACCCAAUACAUUUCCGCCAUCCUCUCUCUUCGCGCCUCGACCCGCGAUCCUGAUUAUUUUCCCUUACCACCUGGUAUCCAACUUUUUGGAUAUUUGUCGCAGCAGAAUAAGAAGGAAAAAGAGCAAGAAAUUAACUUCCUCGCGCUGCAGAUGGAACAGGUGGAAGAUGCGAUACGGCUUGAGGGGGCGCCGGAGGAGGCGAGGGAGGUGUAUUAUGCGCAGUUUGCGAGGAGGGAGGAUUGA